AUCUACAGAACAUUUUUUUGUUGUUCCUCAAGGCUUACAGGAAUAAGAUGAGAUAUUUACAGGCAUAAAGCAGUUCAGAUUUGUCCAAAGAUGGAUGUUGCUGGUCUCCCUUUUCACUGGGGCUUAGAGAACAGCCAGGAACUAAACUGUCAAUCAGAUGCCCUAUUGGAUCCUGCAGCCUUUAAGCUGAGACUGUGACUGGAAUGAGCAGAAGCAUAUGGUUUUAUGUAGACACAAUAUGCUGGUUUUAGGACUCCUGUCAUGCUUGAGCUUUAGGAUAAAACCCCAAAAUUGUUACAUUGUCUUGUCUGUGCUGCUAAAAUGAAGGUGUAUGGUAAAGAGUUAGAUAUUUGAAAGACAAUUACGAGACAGGGUAUGGGUAGCUCGACUGUAAGGUUGAGAAAAAAAAGAAAAAAAAAUAUACUGCACUGUUCCACAAAAGCAGUAGUGCUACAGUAAAGCCAGCAGAAAUGGAGGACAGCGAGAAUUUCAUUUGCUUUGGUUAUGUCUGGAAAAGUGGUGGAAUAUCACACAAGUUCAAUGAGUAUCAGUGAAAACUGGCUAAAGCACUCUUAAAAAUAAAUUUGGCAGCACAUACACUUCAGUGUCAUCACCCCUGAAUAAAGGAAACAAACAGCCAUCUCUUGAGGCAGGAUUUCUUUUGACUCAUUGAAAGGCCUUCAGCCUGUUCCCAGAACUUGACCUAAAUAAAGUUACCACUCCUCUGUUUCUGUCCUUAAAAGCUUCUGAAAUGGGUGUAUUCAAGUAAGGACCGCCCAUUAAAUGGUCGGAUUGCAUCCUCUUCCUCAGUCUUUUUAAGUCCUGAGUAUUGCUACACGUAGGAGUUGCCAAAUUUUCCCCUUCUGGCUGCAAACAGAACUCGUGCAGCAAAUUCCAGAUUUCUUUUAAAAGCUUUCUAACCUCCCUCAGCAUUUCACAUUUCUUUUCUCACCACGACUGGCUGGCUGUCAGCGGGGAAGACAUAAACAUCAUGAACACUACAGCGUUAUUUGCAGCCAGUCCUUGUUUGUAGCUGCAAGUAUGGCAAUUUUCAAUGAUGUUUUUGCUGCGCUAAAUUAAGCCUGGGCUUUUGGGAGUAAUUGCAAUGGCUUCCUUUAAUGCAGCAAUAAUCCUUGUUAAACACCAUACGUGCCGCGUAGCUUUUGGCAACCAGGACAGCCAGUGUUUAGCUGCGGAGGGGAUUUUCCAUCCCUACUUUAGGAGGCGAUCGAGGGUCGGUGUUGUUUGAACUUCCAGCCGCUACUUUCGGAAGGGAAGUUCCCUUGGCUACGUGCGCGCGGCAGCCGAGCGCCCGAAAAAACCGCACCGGGACCAGCCCCGACCGAAGGAGCCACCGCUCGGGCUCCGCAAGGGGCAGGGGCGGUGUCCGGUGCAGGGGCAGCGUCGGGGACACGGGCGGUGUCCGGGGCAGGGGCGGUGUCCGACCCCCAACCCCGGCGGAAGGGCGGGCCCGGGCGGCCUCCCAGCGGUAGCUCCGCUGCCGGCCGUGCUGCAGCAAUAGCAGAGCUCCUCAUUAAACCCCAUUCUUUGUGCAGCAGUAAAAUGCUGUUCCGCUUCGGCGUGGUGCUGCCCGCCCGGGUGACGGAGGGCGGCGCGGAGCUGCUGGUGGCCGGGUCGCGGCCGGAGCUGGGCGAGUGGGACCCGCGGCGCGCCGUGCCCAUGAGGCGGGCGCGGCCGAGCGCCCCGCUGCCCGCCCAGGAGCCCGCGCUGUGGCUGGCGGAGGUGGCGCUGCCGGACGAGGACGCCGCCAGCCCCUUCUGGUACAAGUUCCUGCGGCGGGAGGGCGGCCACUUUCUCUGGGAAGGCAGUGGGCCCCAUCAUGAUCGAAGUUGUGUUUACAACCAGAGCAACAUAGUAGAUGGAGUUUACUGCCUCCCAAUAGCACACUGGAUUGAAGUCUCUGGGCAUACUGAUGAGAUGAAACACACAACUGAUUUCUAUUUUAAUAUCGCAGGACAUCAAGCUAUCCAUUACUCCAGGAUUCUGCCAAACAUCUGGCUGGGAAGUUGCCCUCGGCAGCUGGAGCACGUGACCAUCAAGCUGAAGCAUGAGCUGGGUGUUACAGCUGUGAUGAACUUCCAGACUGAAUCUGACAUUGUUCAAAAUUCCUGGGGCUGCAACCGCUACCCAGAACCCAUGAGCCCCGAAAUCCUCAUGAAACUGUAUAAGGAAGAAGGUCUUGCCUAUGUCUGGCUGCCAACUGCAGACAUGAGCACUGAAGGAAGAAUCCAGAUGUUGCCACAAGCUGUCUGCCUCCUGCACGGGCUGCUGCAGAAUGGACACACUGUCUAUGUUCAUUGCAAUGCUGGUGUUGGCAGGUCUACAGCUGCUGUCAGUGGCUGGCUGAGGUACGUGAUGGGAUGGAGCCUGAGGAAAGUGCAGUACUUUUUGGCUUCCCGGAGACCAGCUGUCUACAUAGAUGAGGAAGCUCUGAAUCGUGCUGAAGAAGAUUUCUACCAGAAAUUUGGGCAUCUUCGUUCUUCAUACCAAAUAGAAGAGUAGAAAAGCAGAAGAAAAGGAAGGUGAAGAGGAAUCCUUACAUUUGAACCCCAAGGACUUAGAAAUUUCUGUGACUCAGGCACCCACCUCACCUCUUCAGGUUAUAAGCUUCUUGUAAAAGUUACGAGAAUUUUGUUUAAAAAGUGCCUUAGAGUUUUUUAUUUGCUUUCUUUAAGCUGAAACGAUUCACGUUUUCAAGCCUUUUGGUGCAAUUAUGAGACCUAGAAACUGCAAAUGAGAUUUUCUUUUAACUACUUGCCUAUAGGAAGAGAGGUUUUAGGGCAGACACUAAACAAGAUGUGAGGUGAAAUAGUGUUGGCAAUAAAAAGUGACAGGAAAAAAAUACAAAGAUUGACUGGAUUAAGAUUCAGGUUAGGAUGGAGCAGACCAUCAUCAAAGCUGCUCAGUUAUUUUAAGCAGAUAUAAGAUUGUUGCAGUGUUUUGUAGUAAUUCUGUAGACAAGUGGUAUUGAUGAGAAAGACUAGAAAGAAAUUGAUUCUUCAAUUCAGUGUUUAAAAACAAAAAGCUAAUGUCUAAUGCAGUGAACUAAGAUUUGCUCUUUGUCCAUCUAGUUAAUGUUAAGUAUUACGAGCUCCAGCUGUAUUAUUUUAUGACAUUGGGCUUAGGCUGGGCUGUGACAUGAAGAGAGGACACAGCUCCAGCUGUGGCAGCCUUGCUUUGUUACAUUAUCCUAGGCUGUGAGUUGAAGCUGCAUUUUGCUCCUCUGGUUCAUGCAGUGCUGUACAGGAGUUCCCUUAGGUACCAAGUCUGUCUGAGCAGUAACCACUGGGGUAAGACAGGACCUAUAGGAAUUGUGUGGUGCAUGACUGGCACCACAGCCUCUUGGCUGUUGACCUAGCUUAAUAUCUUCAAUACAGCAAAAACCUCUCCUUGUGCAAGCAGUGGAUGUGUGCUAGGUUUAGCUGAUUGAAGCUAAUGCUGAACUAUCUCUAGGCUGAAUGAAGUCAAUACAUUCCUCUAUAGGAAAAAAGAGCAACUCUGCAGAAGAUGGUUUCUCAGGAUCUUAGCCUCAGUGUUAGCUUUCUGGAUAAGCCCUAAUGUUUUCCAUUGCUGCUUGGUCCCUUAGCUAAACUAAGCACCAACAGCUUCCAGUGCCAUUCAGAUGAAACCAAUUUGAUGUAGAUUGAGUUCAAGAGAGAAGAGAGAAUUAAGGAAGCAUAAACAUUAAGAAACAUAAUUUCUAUAGGUUUAUUCUUCAGUGAAAUCUCAUUUUUUCCAGCCAACUUGUUCCUCUAAAGAUGCAGUCAGUGACAGAGUAGUUUAAGUAAUAAAUAUUGAUUUUUUUUAAUACUUAAUGGAGAAACUAUUGGAUAUGAACUGUUUAUGGAGAAUGCCCAAAAUAAUAUAUUUUAUUUAUCCUAUACUUCAAUCAUCUUGAAAAGAAAAAUGUUUAUUUAAGUUAUUCUAUGUGAGGUUUUCACCAUGACUUCAUUUCAGAUUUUUUUGAAAUAACACUGCCUGUUUAGAAUAUGGAUGAGAAAAUAAAGACAAAAUUACUA